AUGGUCGCUAUUAGCAAGCUCGCUGCUCUUCUCCCCUUUUUAGUGGUUGCUAUAGCAGCACCCACGGGAACGAAUUUCAAUUCUGUUCGCGCUGUUGAAGGCACUGACGAGGAUCUUUCACAAGUGUAUCGACGCGCCGUUGAAGGCACUGAUCAGGAUCUUUCGCAGGUCUAUAGGAGGGGUACCGGUACCACCGAUCAGUAUCUUUCGCAAGUGUAUCGACGUGCUGAAGAUGAGGACCUUUCUCAAGUCUAUAGGCGCGCUGAAGCAGGAACCGAUGAAGACCUCUCUCAGGUCUAUAAGCGCGCUGUAGCAGGAACUGAAUCAGCCGAUGAGGAUCUCUCCCAAGUCUACAAACGUGCUGAAACAAGCACCGACGAAGAUCUUUCCCAAGUCUACAAACGCACCGAAGAUGAAGAUCUCUCCCAAGUCUACAAACGCACCGAAGAUGAAGAUCUUUCCCAAGUCUACUAG